GAAAUUCGAGCGAUCGAAAAGGUUGUUGACGAGUUUUCAUUCAAAUGACAAAUGCGUUGUAUAUUCGACAUAGAGGAAUAGACCGUUGCGUCCUUCGCAUUCUUUGCAGAUUUUUUAUCUCCCUGUAAACGACAUUCCUGGCCAUAACUUCAACAGUAACCUUUGAAAGGUGAAAUCGCGUAACUCGAGGAGUAACUUGUGAAAGUUUUAUGCAUUCUUUUUUUUGUAAACUCUCGUAACCACAGAUCAGUGAAAGUAGUUUGUCGUCGUUUGUUGUCCUUGGACAACAGGUUCAACUCGUUCUUCAGGUAGAACACAUCGUCUGCAUUAGAACAUAGCCUGCAAAGUCCAAACGGGUAAGGGAUUUACAAAACUGAAUGGAUACUUUGGCACAGUCGCUACUAGGAACUCGUGGUUUAUCUGCGUUAUGGCUUCUACUGUUACUAUCCCCUGCCAUUCUUGCUUCAUACAGCAUUGGCGUUGGAAGAGCUGACAGCACAGGACCGACCGCGGACAUUGUCUUCAUGGGAUACGCAAAAAUGGAACAGAAAGGAAAUGGUCUCCAUCUUAGAACGUUUGCCAGAGCAUUCAUAAUUGACGAUGGCACGGAAAGGUUCGUGUUCGUCAGCGUAGAUAAUGCGAUGAUAGGCAACGACAUUCGACAAGAGGUAUUACGAAAAUUGAAGACCCAAUUUGGCGACAUGUACACGGAGAACAACGUGAUGAUUAGUAGCACGCAUACACACUCAGCUCCUGGUGGUUUCAUGCUAGACAUGCUUUUCGAUUUGACCACAUUUGGCUUCAUCAGAGAAUCAUUUGACGCUGUCGUCAAUGGCAUAACGAAUAGCAUCCAGCGUGCCCAUAAUGCUGUAGUGCCCGGAAGGAUUUUCAUUAUUCACGGAAAAGUUUUGGACGCUAACAUUAAUAGAAGUCCACAAGCGUAUCUUAAUAAUCCGAAAUCGGAAAGAGAAAAAUACAAGUACGACGUAGACAAGACACUAACACAAAUGCAAUUUAUCGGUGCCGAUGAUAAGCCUUUAGGCGUUAUAAAUUGGUUUGCCGUGCAUCCAACUAGCAUGAACAAUACGAACCGUUUGGUUUCUAGCGAUAAUGUGGGUUAUGCUUCGAUACUCUUUGAGAAAAUGAUGAAUAAUAACGCCAUGGUCGGCAAAGGUCGAUUCGUAGCAGCCUUCGCCUCGACUAAUCUUGGCGAUGUUUCACCAAAUAUACGUGGACCAAAGUGCGAAUUCUCUGGACAAAACUGCUCCGACCAGUAUACGUGUCCUGGAAAGAAAGAAAUGUGCUUCGCCUCCGGUCCUGGAAAAGAUAUGUUCGAUAGUACGAGUAUUAUUGCUCAUAGAAUUUACGAGGAAUCCAUGAGGUUAUGGGAAAGUAACGAAGCGAUGGAAGUGAUUGGACCAGUGCGAGUAGUUCAUCAAUACAUCAAUAUGCCGGAACAAUAUGCAGAAUUUUAUAACGAGACUACGAAAAAGGUUGAGGAGGUGCGUGGGUGCGUACCUGCGAUGGGUUACAGCUUUGCAGCUGGUACUACUGACGGACCUGGUUCGUUCGCUUUUGAACAAGGAACAACGACGUCGAAUCCCCUUUGGAAUACCGUACGAAACUUUUUGGCCGCCCCCACGGAAGAUGAUAUUCGUUGUCAGAGCCCGAAACCUAUUUUAUUAGCCACUGGACGGAUAAAACUCCCUUAUCAGUGGCAGCCGAAAAUUGUCUCGACGCAAGUCGCCAUUAUCGGAAACGUCGUUAUCGCUGGCGUACCCGGUGAAUUCACGACAAUGUCCGGAAGAAGAUUGCGAGAGUCUAUCAGGAAAGUUAUGAGCGAUGCAUCCGACGACGAAACGUCCGUAAUAGUCGCAGGGCUCUGCAAUACUUACAGCGAUUACAUAACAACACCUGAAGAGUAUCAACUACAAAGAUAUGAAGGCGCAUCAACAAUUUACGGUCCUCAUACACUUACAAUAUACUUGAAGCAAUACCAGGAGUUAACAAAAGCGGCUAUUCAAAAUAAAUCUGUUUCACCAGGACCACCCGCUCCGGAGCUGCUGCAAAGUAACUUGAUCAUCCUUGUACCUCCUGUGCUGUACGACACUCCGCGAUGGGGACACAACUUCGGGGAUGUUAUCCAACAGCCGCAAAAAGUCGCGUUACCCGGUGACACAAUUCUAGCGAUCUUUGUCGCUGGUCAUCCCCGUAACAAUUUAAUGACCGAGAGCACGUUCUUAACCGUGGAACAAUUAGGCGAUGAUGAAGUUUGGAUACCAGUAGCCACGGAUGCCGAUUGGGAGACCAAAUUUCAAUGGAAACGAACUUCUAUAAUAUUGGGGUCGAGUCAGAUGACCAUUACGUGGAAAAUCCCGCAGGAUGUUAAACUGGGCGAGUAUCGCAUCAGACAUAAUGGUUAUUAUCGCUAUGUCCUUGGCGGCGUAUAUCCUUACUACGGUGUUACCAAUCAUUUUCAAGUAAGUUUCGGUGUAUCGUCUCGUAAAUAUAUUUGUUUACUGUUAUACAUAUAAGUAUAGUG